UCCAUCCCGCCGACCCGCUGCGCCACCGCCACGCUCCCCAAUCUCCAUCCCAACGCGCCGCCGCCUCUAAUCUCCCUCGCUUCCGCUCCACUCCGCACCCCCGGUCGCCUGCCCUAACCUCGUGCUGCUCGCGAUCCCGCCCCGUGCCCAGAUCUGGUGGCGCCUUCGCCGCUCGAGCGCCCCCGCUCAGCGGUGAAGUGCAGGCGUCCGUUCGGCCGGCCAGCCGGCCGAUGGUUUCGGCCGCGGCGCAGGCGGGCGUGGUCGCGUCGUGCGUCGUGCGUGCUCUUCGUCCCCAUGGGGCUGGCCGGCCGGCACCUCAGCCGCAACAAGGUGCUCUUCUUCUCCGGCGCGCUCUUCAUCUCGCUUGCUGUCGGGAUCCACCUAUCCCCGUACCCCCCUUCCCUUUCCCUGCCCCACCUCGCCUCCUUUUUACUCCUCCCCCACCCUGGCUCCGCGUCCGCUUCCUCCGGGUCUUCCUGCGUCCAGUUCCUGCACCGCGUCUCGUGGUCUGACGCCGCCGGAGCCGCCGACAAUGGCUCGGGAGGCGGAAAAGCGCGGGCGUGGUCGUGGCCGCCCUCGCUGGCGUCCGCCUGCGGGUUCGCUCGACUGUCGCGCGACGACGCGUCACUGCUGCUCAAUGGCUCGUGGGUGAUGGUGGCCGGGGACUCGCAGGCGCGGCUGCUCGUGCUCGCGCUUCUCCGCCUCCUGCUCGACCCGGCCGCGGCGGCGGCCGCCGAGCCGGAGCUCUUCCGCCGCCACAGCGACUACCGCGCUGCCGUCCCCGCGCGGGACAUUUCCGUGGACUUCGUCUGGGCGCCCUUCGAGAGCAACCUCACGCGUCUGCUCCGCGAGGAUCUGCGCCUCGCGCCGCGCCUCCCCGACGUGCUCGUCCUCGGAUCCGGGUUGUGGCACAUGCUCCACGUCACGGACGCCGCGAGCUACGGCGAUGCACUGGCGUCCGUCGCGGGCGCCGCCAAGUCCCUCCGCUCGCAGCUUCCGGAGCCGCCACCACAUAUGUUCUGGCUUGGCUUGCCGCACCUCGUGAACCACAUGCUCAACACAGACGCCAAGAGGGCACACAUGAACGGCACCAUGGUGCAUGCCUAUGAUCGUGAGGUCGAUCGGAGGGGUGUUUUGCGCGGUGAAGGCGGCUCAUUCCUGCUGCUUGAUGUGGGGAAGCUCACCCAGGGGUGCGGGCAGCAAUGCACAGCUGAUGGUAUGCAUUAUGAUGGUGAUGUGUAUGACGCUGUCAUGCAUAUCAUGCUCAAUGCACUGGUGAUUGAGUCCCAACAAAGGAUUUGAGUGGGUCUGGGGGGGGGGGGGGGGGGGGGGGUUGAACAGGUUUGUCCCCACCCCCUUUUCUUUUUGGUCAGCUACUAUACACGGGUAAUUAGAGAUUGUUGUGAACUAGGAAGGUCCUUUGGUUGCUUCAACAUUUUGGUCGCUUGCCAGAAGUCAGCACCCUUGAAUUGCUCAACCCUUAGAUUGUAAUAUAGGGAUAUCUUAGAACCACACUGUUUUUUUU